ACGUCACACUUUUAGACAAGAGAGACAACACACCCCAGCAGAGAGUAACAUUACAUACAGAAGUUGAAGAAAGCAGAGAGACUCUGCGUCUGAGAGCGUGAGCUUCAUUAGCCUUUUGCUUUCUCUCCAACAAUGGCUGCAGGAGGUGGAGCACAAAAGGUGGAUGAGUUCCAACCACACCCUAUCAAGGACCAACUUCCCGGCGUCGACUUCUGUGUCACAUCUUCUCCUCCAUGGCCUGAAGCCAUACUUUUGGGAUUUCAGCAUUUCCUGGUAAUGCUUGGGACCACUGUGAUCAUUCCAACCAUACUUGUCCCUCUAAUGGGUGGUGGUGAUGUGGAGAAGGCUGAGGUGAUAGAAACUUUGCUCUUUGUUGCGGGUAUUAACACACUCUUGCAGACUGUGCUUGGGACUAGGCUUCCUGUUGUGAUGGGGGGUUCUUAUGCCUUCAUCAUCCCUGCUGUCUCCAUUGCUUUAUCCAGGAGGUUCAGUGUAUACAUAGACCCCCACCAGAGGUUUAAACAAUCCAUGAGAGCAAUACAAGGAGCAAUCAUAGUUGCAUCUUUCUUCCAGAUGAUUCUUGGCUUUCUGGGGUUUGUGAGAAUUUUUGGGAGGUUUCUUAGCCCUCUCUCUGCAGUUCCUCUUGUGACGCUUACUGGACUAGGGUUCUUUGUAUUUGGUUUCCCUCAGCUCGCAAACUGUGUUGAAGUUGGACUACCAGCAUUGAUUAUACUGGUUUUUCUAUCGCAGUACACGAUGAAGUUAAAACUGCCUAUAUUUCACCGAUUUGCAGUACUAUUUUCUGUUGCAAUUGUAUGGGUAUAUGCAGAAAUUUUGACUGCAGCUGGUGCAUACGACAAAAGAUCUCCUAUAACUCAAAGAAGUUGCCGCACUGAUCGUUCUGGGCUUGUUAGCUCUGCUCGUUGGAUAAGGGUUCCCUAUCCAUUUCAAUGGGGGCGUCCUGAUUUUAAUGCUGGUGAUGCUUUUUCAAUGAUGGCUGCAGCUUUUGUUGCCAUUGUUGAGUCAACCGGUACCUUUAUUGCGGCAUCAAGAUAUGGGAGUGCCACCCCUCUACCACCUUCUGUUCUCGGCAGAGGUAUUGGCUGGCAGGGCAUAAACACUUUUCUGGAUGGCAUAUUUGGCACAUUAACUGGCUCCACGGCAUCAGUUGAAAAUGCAGGUCUUUUGGGAUUAACGCAUAUUGGAAGUCGGAGAGUAAUUCAAAUAUCGGCAGGCUUUAUGCUCUUCUUCUCUGUAUUAGGAAAAUUUGGGGCUGUUCUUGCUUCUAUACCAUUACCUAUUGUGGCAGCUUUGUAUUGCGUCCUCUACGCCUAUGUUGCUUCUGCUGGUCUUGGUUUGCUCCAGUUCUGCAACCUAAACAGCUAUAGGUCAAAGUUCAUUGUUGGCUUUGCUCUCUUCAUGGGUCUUUCUGUGCCCCAAUACUUUAACGAAUACCUCGCAACUUCUGGUCAUGGUCCUGUUCACACUGGUUCUACUUGGUUCAACAAUAUAGUGCAAGUAAUUUUUUCAUCCCCAGCAACAGUGGCAAUUAUAAUUGCUUUCUUCUUGGACUUAACUGUCAGUCGCGGACACGGCUCAACUCGGAGAGAUAGUGGCAGACACUGGUGGGGAAAGUUCAAGAAUUUUGGCUCAGAUACUAGGAGUGAAGAGUUCUACUCAUUGCCAUACAACCUUAAUAGGCAUUUCCCAUCAGUUUGAUGCUAAGCAUCCUUUCACUCCAUCCAAUACUUUUCAUUAAUGAACAGCUCAAAUAGAGGAAACUAAGGAAGAGCGCCUUGUGUUUUGUUGUCAAGUUGACAAAGGAGAAAAAAAAGGAUAUGUAUAGGAGCAAUUUGGAAUGGGAAAACCAUCUUGGUAAUUGAAUACACACUGAGCUUGUAAUUAUGUUCUUAUAGCUGAAAACUUGGUAUUACAUUUGUAAUGGAGCUUGGAAACCCUCUAAUUACUGAUUUUUCAGGAAUUUGAUAU